AAAAAAGUCGGAAUCCUUGCUGGAGGCACCAAAAUCGACGACGACGGACGACGGAAACGAGCAGAACACGGUUCUACGACGAUAGCAGCAAUUGCGAACUAGAAAAGCAGAGGGAAAUUUAUUCGCGAAUUUUCUCCUGAGGAAUCAUCACCAUGUCUCGCCCCGAAGACACCAGCGCGGCCGACGUCCACUAUGACGAUAUCGAAGCCCGAAAGUACACGACGAGCUCCCGAAUCCAGAACAUUCAAGCCUCAAUGACCCGGCGAGCCCUGGAGCUGCUCGACCUCAAGUCCCCGUCCCUGAUCCUCGAUGUCGGCUGCGGAAGCGGUCUGUCCGGCGAGAUCCUGUCCUCGCUCGACCCCGAAGAAGGCGGCCCUCACACCUGGAUUGGCAUGGAUGUGUCGCCUUCAAUGCUCGACGUUGCGCUGCAGCGAGAUGUUGAGGGCGACCUCAUGCUGGCCGACAUUGGACAGGGCAUCCCCUUCCGCGCCGGCUCCUUCGACGCAGCCAUCAGCAUCUCUGCCAUUCAAUGGCUCUGCAGUGCCGAGACGAGCGAUACCUCCCCUGCCGGCCGACUCACCCGAUUCUUCAACGGCCUAUACGCCUCCCUGAAGCGAGGUGGACGCGCUGUCUGCCAGUUCUACCCGAAGAACGACCAGCAACGACACAUGAUCACCCAAGCCGCCGUCAAGGCAGGGUUCGGUGCCGGUCUCCUGGAGGAUGACCCCGGCACGAAGAACGUCAAGCUCUACCUCGUCCUGACUGUCGGAGGCGGCUCCAUAGAGAACAAGGGUGGCGACAUCACUGGCGUGGUCGAGGGCAUGGAGGACGUCGACGUCUUGGAUGCCAGGAGGCAAAUCAAGAACAACAACACCGAGGUGAAAAAGGGCAGCAACGCCUGGAUCAUCAAGAAGAAGGAGCAGAUGGAGAGGAAGGGCAAGGUAGUCAAGUCGACCUCCAAGUUCACUGGACGAAAGCGACGAAUUGCAUUUUAACGCGACAUGAUCGCUGCAAUCUAGACGAUUGCUUGCAUUUGCACGGCGUUGGUGGAUGGUGGGACUCUUUUAAUUUCAUAGUAGAUCAAUUCGUAAAUUCCGAU